UAUAAUGAGAAACACUGCGCGAGGAGAGGAAGAACUGGAAGACAACAAAGGAAGAAGAAAUAAUGUGUGGCAUAUUUGCUUAUCUUAACUAUAACGUCAACAGAGAAAGGAGGUACAUUCUGCAGGUAUUAUUCAAUGGCCUUAGGCGAUUGGAAUACCGUGGAUAUGAUUCUGCUGGCAUCGCCAUCGACUCCUCACUUUCCCUCGAUCCAAACACUUCUCAAUGUUCGUCAAUUUCCAUCACUCCUCCUCCUAUUAUCUUCCGUCAAGAGGGAAAUAUUGAAUCCCUUGUCAAAUCCGUCUACCAAGAAGUUGAUGACGUGGAAUUAAACUUGGAGGAAUCUUUCUCCAUCCAUGCUGGAAUAGCGCAUACACGGUGGGCAACUCACGGAGAGCCUUCUCCAAGGAAUAGUCAUCCUCAGAGCUCUGGCGCUGGAGAUGAAUUUUUGGUUGUUCACAAUGGGGUUAUUACUAAUUACGAGGUUUUGAAGGAAACAUUGACCCGGCAUGGGUUUACAUUUGAAUCUGAAACUGACACAGAAGUCAUUCCAAAACUUGCAAAGCUUGUUUUUGAUAAAGCAAAUGAGGCAGAAGGCAACCAAGUUGUUACGUUCAGUCAAGUUGUUCUGGAAGUAAUGAGGCAUCUUGAUGGAGCAUAUGCCCUUAUUUUCAAAAGCCGACAUUAUCCAAAUGAGUUAAUUGCUUGCAAGCGUGGCAGUCCACUACUCCUAGGUGUUAAAGAAUUGGCAGAAAAUAUGGUUGAUGGUUCAGCAUUUGAGGAUAAUAACUUUCUGUCAAAAAAUGGCCACCCCAAGGAGUUGUUUUUAUCUAGUGAUGCUAAUGCUGUGGUAGAACAUACAAAGAAGGUUUUGGUUAUUGAGGAUGGUGAAGUCGUUCAUCUCAAGGAUGGUGCAGUUUCAAUUUUGAGGUUUGAAAAUGAUAAAGGAAAAAAUGGUGGUUCCCUUUCUAGACCCGCUUCAGUGCAACGGGCUUUAUCAGUUCUUGAGAUGGAGGUCAAGCAAAUUAAUAAAGGACAUUAUGAGCAUUAUAUGCAGAAAGAAAUUCAUGAGCAACCUGAAUCUCUUACAACCACAAUGAGGGGGAGGCUUAUUAGGGGAGGAUCAAGUAAAUUAAAAACUGUACUUCUGGGUGGAUUGAAGGAUCACCUCAAAACAAUCCGACGAAGUAGAAGGAUUGUUUUCAUUGGCUGUGGUACUAGUUACAAUGCUGCUUUGGCAGCUAGACCAAUAUUGGAAGAACUUUCUGGAAUCCCUGUUACCAUGGAAAUUGCUAGUGAUCUGUUGGAUCGGCAGGGACCAAUUUACAGAGAAGAUACUGCUGUUUUUGUUAGCCAAUCUGGUGAAACUGCAGAUACGUUACUUGCACUACAAUAUGCGUUAGACAAUGGUGCAUUAUGUGUUGGCAUAACAAAUACUGUUGGUAGUGCAAUAGCAAGGAAUACACAUUGUGGUGUACACAUAAAUGCUGGUGCUGAGAUAGGUGUGGCAAGUACCAAGGCUUACACAAGUCAGAUAGUAGUGAUGGCCAUGUUAGCACUUGCAAUAGGAGGUGACACAAUUUCCAAUCAGGCCAGAAGAGAAGCUAUUAUUGAUGGUCUCCUUGACCUGCCAAAUAAAGUCAGGGAGGUGCUGAAGCAAGACCAGGAGAUGAAGGAUCUGGCAAAGUUGUUGAUGUCUGAGCAGUCUCUUCUUGUCUUUGGGAGAGGAUUUAACUACGCAACAGCUCUGGAGGGAGCUUUGAAAGUGAAGGAGGUGGCUCUUACACACAGUGAAGGAAUACUUGCUGGUGAAAUGAAGCAUGGUCCUUUGGCGUUGGUGGAUGAAAAUCUUCCUAUUAUUGUUUUAGCUACUCGUGAUGCUUGCUUGAGCAAGCAGCAGUCUGUCAUUCAGCAACUUCAUGCUCGCAAAGGCCGUCUUAUAGUUAUGUGUUCAAAAGGGGAUGCUGCUUUGGUGUGUCCUGGUGAAUCUUGUAGGGUAAUUGAAGUUCCACUGGUUGAGGACUGUCUUCAACCUGUAAUUAAUAUAAUUCCAUUACAGUUACUGGCAUAUCAUCUCACCGUGCUAAAAGGAUUAAAUGUUGACCAGCCUCGGAAUCUCGCCAAGAGUGUCACAACCCAGUGAAAAUGUAUUGAUUGACGUUCUCUUGUAUUUUGUUUGUUUACAUCUAUUUUUUAUUCCAGUACAAAAUAACUUAAUACAUGUAAGGUUGAGGGGAGGGGAUUAGGAAUUCUUACCAUAUGGAUUUGCCUGAUUCUGAAACCAAUCAAAUUGGGGCCCUUAACAUUCUCA